AGCAAGGCGCAGUUUGAAUCAGACACGAACGUGAAAAAUAUGCAAAGCUUAGCCAUGGACAGCUUCCAAGACAAAUCGGAAAAUUCGCUCCUUGAUUUAAGUUUCGAGAACAUUGGCAGCACCGACAGGACGAGCUCGCUGCUCGAUAGCACCUUCGAGAAAGACGGAAAACGUGAAAUGGACCCAUUCUCCAGUGAACUAGUGGCUGAUCUGAAGGGAAAGGAUAGUGAAGUGUUCGACGAGUGCAUGCCAAUAGUACAGCGCGGAGCGUACCGCGAGGAACAGUUGAAUGACAAAGACGAACCGUUCGCGGUGGUUGACCAGUUCCCGGCGGAACCGGUGGAUACGUUUGUAAGCUCGCACAAUGCCGCCCUCGAGGAUGACGUGGUCGAGAGCGACUACAUGAAUCCGUACGUCAGCAUACGGCACGACAAGGAAAAAGUGGUGGCCCCGUUGGAAGAAUCAGCUGCUCAUGUUGACCCUACCCCUGUGCUGGUGAGUGUUGCUGCGGCCGAGUUACCACCACCGGAGCCCGAAAAGCCCAUCGCUGAGCCGAGCACUGUCGCCGUCCCAGACACAUCUCCUGAACCGGUGGCAAGUUCCACGGCCAGCGAUUGCAUUGAGAUUGAGCAAAUGUUCAAAGAUUAUGGCCUCGACGCGUGGUUCAAUCCGGCAAAGCUGCACCCAAAAGUGGAAUCCCUAAUCUACUGGCGAGAUGUGAAGAAAUCCGGCGUGGUGUUCGGCGGCGGGCUAGCUCUGCUGCUGGCCAUGUCGCUGUUUUCACUUAUCAGCGUGUUCUCGUACCUAUCGCUGCUGCUGCUCUUUGGGACCAUCGCGUUUAGAAUCUACAAGAAUGUCCUGCAAGCAGUCCAGAAAACCGCCGAAGGCCACCCUUUCAAGGAGUAUCUGGAUAUGGACCUUACUCUGUCCCAGGACAAGGUACAGCAGCUUGCGACCGUGGCAGUGGCCCACGUGAACGCCCUGCUGACCGGGCUGCGCCGCCUCUUUCUGGUGGAGGAUCUUGUCGACUCGAUCAAGUUUGGUGUUCUACUAUACUGGCUGACCUAUGUUGGGGCAAUUUUCAACGGCAUUACCUGCGUCAUGAUUGGAUUCGUAGCAUUGUUCACAUUGCCAAAAGUGUAUGAAAACAACAAGCAAUCGGUUGACACUCACAUAGAACUCGUUCGGAGCAAAAUCCAGGAUAUAACCGAAAAGGUAAAGGCCGCCGUUCCACUGGGCAAGAAAGCGGAAACCGACAAAACUAAGUAAAACUACAUAUGUACUAAAUGCUACCCUGUGCGUGCGUGCGUGGUGGGUCCGUGGCGAAGAGAUGCAUUGAAUUGUUUAUUUUUGUUUUAAACCACGGCACAAAUGGGGGCCCACCAUCAACGGAUGAUGAGUAAAUUGCUAAGAUUCGAGCGUUUGCCGUUGUUUGCCUUCAUUUGCUUUUUGGAAACCCACCUAUGUGUUUUAUGCUGCCGUUUCGUUCCGUUGCUGCGCUCUUUAAAGAAAUCGCCAUAAAACGUAAGCGUCGAAAGAAAGUGAAGGAAAAUUUCAGCCGUGCGUGUGUGGUGUGUGUUCCGCUUUUCAUCAAUCCCCCCACCCGGGGAGGAAGCAAUCUCCGUCUCGACGAGAGCUAAGCAGGCCGUGCAGCACACCGGACGACGACGGCGACGGGAUGUGAGUCGUGGUUUUGCACCGUGAAGAUCGUUACUGAGAUUAUUAGUCCAACGGAUUGAUUCGUAUUCAAUGAACGAGUGUUACUCUCUAGAAGAAACAAAAAUAUAUAAGCUACCAUGAAAUUGCGUGUGAUUGUAA